GUCAUGUUUGUGCUUCCUGUCUUGGAGUCCAUGCGGGGUGUGGGAGUUCCGCGCCUGCUGAUCUGUCCGGGGUUCAGCCAAGGGAGGAUGUGAUUAGGCGUCCCGCCACUCUAGGGGAAGGGAAGAAAGAAGUAAUAGGGUUGCUGGAAGUUCAUGCGGAGGGAGCCGGGGAGGGAAGCUCUGGAAUGGGGAGUUGGGACGCGGGGGCAGAGUGGCGCGAAGGCCAUUGCUCUGUGCUCUGUGGGAUACUACUCGUCACUGAAACAAGUUUUUUACUGUCUAUGCAGGGGGAGACACACCCUAGUGCUUCCCUUAUUGACAGAACCAUCAAGAUGAGGAAAGAAACAGAGGCUAGGAAAGUGGUUUUGGCCUGGGGACUCCUAAAUGUAUCUAUGGCUGGUAUGAUAUACACUGAAAUGACUGGAAAAUUGAUUAGUUCAUAUUACAAUGUGACAUACUGGCCUCUCUGGUAUAUUGAGCUUGCCCUUGCAUCUCUCUUCAGCCUUAAUGCCUUAUUUGAUUUUUGGAGAUAUUUUAAAUAUACUGUGGCACCAACAAGUCUGGUUGUUAGUCCUGGACAGCAAACACUUUUAGGGUUGAAAACAGCUGUUGUACAGACUACUCCUCCACAUGAUCUGGCAGCAAGCCAAAUCCCUCCCUCUCCACCUUCCCCUUCAAUUCAGGGUCAGAGUGUGUUGAGUUAUAGCCCAUCUCGUUCGCCCAGUACCAGUCCCAAGUUCACCACCAGCUGUAUGACUGGUUACAGCCCUCAGCUGCAAAGUCUGUCCUCAGGUGGCAGUGGUUCUUAUAGCCCUGGAGUGACCUACUCGCCCGUCAGUGGUUACAAUAAGUUGGCGAGCUUUAGCCCCUCUCCUCCCCCUCCUCCAUACCCUACCACUGUUGGACCAGUAGAGAGUAGUGGAUUGAGAUCUCGCUACCGUUCUUCACCCACCGUCUACAACUCACCCACUGACAAAGAAGACUACAUGACCGACCUACGAACUUUGGAUACUUUCCUUAGAAAUGAAGAAGAGAAGCAGCAUAGGGUUAAGCUGGGGAGCCCAGAUUCCACCUCUCCUUCCAGCAGUCCUACUUUCUGGAACUACAGUCGUUCUAUGGGGGAUUAUGCACAAACUUUAAAGAAGUAUCAGUAUCAGCUUGCCUGUAGGUCUCAGGCCCCAUGUGCUAACAAAGAUGAAGCUGAUCUCACCUCUAAACAAGCUGCAGAAGAGGUUUGGGCAAGAGUGGCUAUGAAUAGACAACUUCUUGAUCAUAUGGAUUCAUGGACAGCUAAGUUUAGAAAUUGGAUCAAUGAGACAAUAUUAGUGCCACUUGUUCAAGAGAUUGAUUCUGUCAGCACACAGAUGAGACGAAUGGGUUGUCCAGAGCUACAGAUAGGAGAGGCUAGUAUUACUAGCUUGAAACAAGCUGCCCUGGUUAAAGCCCCUCUCAUUCCGACUUUGAACACAAUCGUUCAGUAUCUAGACCUUACACCGAAUCAGGAAUACUUGUUUGAAAGGAUCAAAGAACUUUCUCAGGGAGGUUGUAUGAGUUCAUUUCGAUGGAACAGAGGUGGUGACUUCAAAGGACGAAAAUGGGAUACAGACCUGCCCACCGAUUCUGCUAUCAUCAUGCACGUGUUUUGCACCUACCUUGAUUCCAGAUUACCUCCACAUCCUAAGUAUCCCGAUGGAAAAACUUUUACUUCUCAGCACUUUGUUCAGACACCAAAUAAGCCAGAUGUCACGAAUGAGAAUGUUUUUUGCAUUUAUCAGAGUGCCAUCAACCCUCCCCAUUAUGAGCUGAUCUACCAGCGUCAUGUAUACAACCUGCCAAAGGGCAGAAAUAAUAUGUUUCAUACAUUGUUGAUGUUUCUCUACAUCAUAAAAACCAAAGAGUCAGGAAUGCUUGGGAGAGUUAACCUUGGUCUAUCUGGCGUGAAUAUAUUGUGGAUCUUUGGCGAGUAGCAAGUCAUAUAUUUAAUUCCAGACAUUUGGACUUUUAUUUCACUGAACCAGAAGUUGAAACUAAACAUCUCUGAGUCACUGCCUCUCCUGAAAUAAAAUACAUGUGUCUGUAUGUUACAGAGUC